AGGGUGAUGCGCGCAAGAAUCUGAAGGAAGAUGAGCCCACGUUAUUCCAGAGGCGGGCGGACAGCGAAAUUGCGUGUGUGUCUGAUUGUGUAGCCAGCUGGUAGGCACGUCUUUGCUGGGUUCCAGGACACGGCGGAUGGUGGUAUCCGUGUCUCGAUGCUAGGAAUGGAGGAAUUUGUCACCGACGAGGAAGAGCCAUGGUACGACCAGCAAGAUCUCGAAUCGGACCUCCACCUGGCAGCAGAGCUUGGGAAGACUCUGUUGGAGAGGAACAAGGAGCUGGAGGAUUCUCUACAGCAGAUAUACAUCACCAAUGAGGAGCAGGUGCAGGAGAUUGAGUACCUGGCUAAGCAGCUGGAGGUGCUGAGGGAAAUGAAUGAGCAGCAUGCUAAGGUGUACGAGCAGCUAGAUGGGACAGCCAGAGAACUGGAGCUCACCAACCGUACCCUGGUACUGGACAGCAAGGCCUCACAACAUAAGAUAGAGAGGUUGACUGGGACCAUUGAGACCCUGCAGACCCAGGUGGAGUCUCUCUCUGGGCAGGUGGAACAGCUCCACUCCCUGGAGCUGCUCAGGGUCCGGAGGGAGAAGAGGGAACGACGCAAAACCAUCGCCUCCUUCCCCUGCCUUAGGGAACUCUGCACCGCACCCAAGUAUGAGGAUGGGUUCGUGGUGGGCCGCUCAGACAGCUUCACCUCAGAGACUAAGCGCCAGCCAGCAGAGGAGGAGAACGAGCGUCUGAGAGAGGCGGUGUCGGCGCUGCGCUCGGCCGUGAGGGCGGAGCGGGGUCGCAGGGAGGGGGCGGAGAGAGAGUGUCACGUCCUCCUGGGGGAGUUCUCUCGUCUGGAGUCACGUGUGCUGGGUGCAGAGAGCUGCCAGGCACGGGUUCGUGAACUAGAGGCAGAGCUCCAGGAACUCCAGCAGCUCCGACGGGCGAGGACCCUCCUCCUGAGCAGCGAAGAUGACGGCGUGGGCUUCACCCAGACCCUUCUCAACAACACCCCCGAGACAGACACCCUGGAGGGGGAGGGAGGAGAAGUGGGUGGAGGGUUCAGGGAGGAGGGCGAGGGGGGAGGAGGCUUAGGUGGAGAGUCGUUACCUGCCUCCAGCCCCGUCAGGAAGAGCUGCAGCGACACGGCGCUGAACGCCAUCGUGGCCAGGGACGCAUCCGGGAGAAGAAGAGGGAGCUACGCGAUCCACGCCAACAGCGUCCGUAAGAGAGGGAUGUCCAUCCUGAGGGAGGUGGACGAGCAGUACCACGCUCUGCUGGAGAAGUAUGAGGAGCUGUUAAGGAAGUGUCGGCGCCACGAGGAGUCCCUGUGCCACGCGGGGGUGCAGACCUCGCGGCCCGUCUCCAGGGACCCAUCCAUGAAGGACUGUGCCAUGGGCCCCACCCCUGCACCCCCGCCCUCCCCCACCCAGUCCCCCUCCACCCCCGAGGUGAUGGAGAGCAUCAGUAAGCAGGUGGAGGCGGUAGAUAAACGACUGGGCCAGAGCACGCCAGAGUACAAAGCUCUGUUCAAGGAGAUCUUCUCUCGUAUUCAGAAGACCAAGAUGGACAUCAAAGCUACCAAAGCUACCAAAGCCAGCAAGUCUGGCAAGUCCAGCAAAUAAAUUCUGAUACUGGAUUGGUUUGGUAGUGCAGUGCUUUUUCCAUGCUCAAAGCGCUUGAGAUUAGAGGAGGAAUUUGCCUCGUACUCUACCGAUGUGUAGCACUCAUGAGUAAGCUUCUGUAUGGGGUCUGGUCUCCUGUCUGCUUCACACGAGGCUGCUGAGGGGAGAACGACUCAUAAUAAUGCCUGGGAACGGAGCAAAUGUAAUGGCAUUAUACUACUGGAAACCAUGUGUUAGAUGUAUUUGAUACCAUUACAAAUGAUUCUGUUUUCACAAACCUAAGGAACCUCCUGUGGACUGAUUCUGUUACUAUAGUUACCGAUCAAACAAUACACCACUUAAACCAAUCUAAUGCUAUUAGCAGCUGCCUAGCUUUGCCAGUGAGAUCUAACACAGCUGCCUUUUGCUACCGUUACACAGGUCACACAGGUAUGAUAACUGUCACCCACAACUUGUUGGACACCACUAUUGUCUGGGCUUGAUAUACCCAGCUGGUAAUACACUCUUGUCCCCUGACGACCAGUUCGUACAUUCUCCAUUCUCCUACUUAACUCAAUUUUAAGGUGGAAGAAAACAUACUUUCUUUAUGAAACACCAUUUUCCACCACCAUGCUCGAGUGACUAAUGCAACUUCCUGAUGUUGCACCCCCGCGUUCAGCCAGGGGUAAACAUUUUUAGGCUUUAGCCACUCCAGCAUGGUCCAUAACUCCAACCACCUUUUCCUUAUUAUCAUGAAUGUUAUAGUGUAUGUUGCAUUACUUUGACUUGUGUGUGUGUGAAAUACUCACGUUGUAAUGCCAUACCAUAUGGCAGGAGAAAAUGUACACAACAAUGAACCUGCAGUGUAAAGGAAAUAUAAUCGAUUAUACCUUGUAUUAUUACGUGUUUUACUUUUCUAUUAUUUCUCUGUUCUUUCUCUCUGCGUUGUUGGGAAGGGCCCGUGAGGAAGCAUGUUACUGUUAGUCCACACCUGUGGUUUACGACGCAUGUGACAAAUACGAUUUGAUUUAGAGCUGUCUUAACUCGAGGUCUUAAACUCGACUGAAGCUUCAAACCUUUACAGCAGCCACAGGAUUUGGCGUGAGAUCAGUGGUGUUGUGAAACUGUGGAUUGAGAAAAGAAAAGUUGUUACAGAGAAAUCAACUGAAUCAUUUCAACCAGAAAUGUGUUAUUGUUUUCUCCACAGUGUUAUAAUUAAGCAUUAAGGCACGAGGGGGUGUGGUAUAUUGGCCAUAUAUCACAAACCCUCUAGGUGCCUUAUUGCUGUUAUAAACUGGUUAUCAAUGUAAUUAGAGCAGUAAAAAUACAUGUUUUGUCAUACCCGUGGUAUACGGUCUGGUAUACCACGGCUGUCAGCCAAUCUGCGUUCAGGGCUCAAACCACCCAGUUUAUAAUGAGUCGUAUGUGCCAGGUACAAGCAGAGGCUAAUUUUUCUCCCAAGGUCACUCAAGUGUUGCUGAGGGAAGAAAAAGGGCAUGACGUCUUGUGGAGGCUAACUGUCAGUCUGUCAUAGCAGUGUUCCAUCCUGGUUCUGGAGGGUCGCAGCGUGUGCAGGCUUUUGUUCCAGCCCAGCAUUCAGGUUAACUGCUGGGCUGGGGGGGAAAAAGGCCUGCACAGCCUGAAGUGCUUCAGUGCAAGGAGAUAAUGACACUGUCAUAGCAAUGGUAACAGAACAUGUUCUAUAUUCUAAUAGGAGAGAACAAAAUGUUUCCUAACAGGGAGCCACUCAAAAGGGGACAUCCCAUUCUUAUGGAACAUUCUGACGAUGUCCUUUUUGAAGGCUCCUUGGCUUUCUCUGCACUGUAAUGUUUUACUGAUUGCACUUAAAAAAUGUUUAAAAAAACACGCAUUGCGUAUUUCUACAUUGAUAUUUACUUAGUAUUGCUUGUGUAUUUAUUCUGUUAUUGUGUGUCUCUGUGAGCAUUGAUUCAUGAUAACGACACUUAUCUGCCAAGGUGCCUAUAUGUGAUUGUAUCCAUUAUUGAUAAGCUGCAUCUUCAGAAUGAAAAUCAAGUCUCAUUUGUUUUGUUUAUUUAUCUACUCAACCUUUUGGGCUCCUGAGUGGCGCAGGCAUUGCAUGUCAGUGCUAGUGAUGUCACUACAGACACCCUGGUUCGAUUCCAGGCUGUAUCACAACCAGCCAUGAUUGGGAGUCCCAUAGGGCGGUGCACAAUUGGGCGGUGUAGGCCGUCAGUGUAAAUAAGAAUUUGGCCUUAACUGACUUGCCUAGUUAAAUAAAAAUGAAUUCAGAUGAAUGAGCAUAUUAUUAGUUUUAUGAGUUAGCCUAGUUAUUAGCCUUUGGCAUCACAGGUUUUGUCAUUGGGGCAAGCCACAUUAGCUCUCUCUUUUUGUGGCACUCUGUAUCAUUGACUUACAUGUCUGCUCUGUGCAAUUAAAGCAUUGGAAUGAAAA